AUGCAAUUACUUCAUGAUGCUGUUUCAUAUUUUCCUCAUGAUGAACAAGCAAAAGAAGAUAUGAUGAAUAUCUUCCGUCUUUAUGCUGAUGAAAAAUUAUAUCAAUCUAAUGAUGCUAUUCAAUGGUAUUUAAAUAAUUCAUUUCUUCAACAAUUAAUAACAAAAUCAUUGCAAAGAAAAGACAUCGAUCAACUUUAUCAACUAAGAUAUUUUCUGGUUGAUCUUAUCGAAAAUUUAACUCGUGAACGUCAUACAGAAAAUGUUGUUAUUUAUCAACAAAUAAAAGUAUCAAAACAUGAAUUAAAUCAUUUCAAACAAAAACAGGGUCAAUUGAUGUCAAUGAAAGGAUUUCUAUUAGUAAAGCAGGAUAUUUUAUUACCACAACGAUCAGAUUUAAUCGAUGUUCACUUGGAAAUCAAAUGUAAUCUAAAUGAAUAUCAGAAUAAAAAUGACGUUUUAUUUGAUUUAAAUACAACAUUUCACUUGGAAAAUAUUGAAGAAAAUGAUCAAGAAAUUCUUAUUCGAUUAGCUGCAGUUAAUUAUGGACAAAUAAUUAAAGAAAAAUAUCUCAAAGAUACACAUCGACAAAUAGAAAACUUAAGUAUUCCAAUUAUUUUUAGUAAAUUAAUGUGUGAUAUGAAUGAAUGGAAUCAAGCAAGAAAAUAUCUUCAAUAUUUAUUAAUCCAUUCAAGUGAACAAGAUUUACCAUGGAUUGAAUAUUUUAUUGGUGAGACUUUCUAUGAAAUUGGACAAUUGAAUGAAGCACGAUUAUGUUAUGAUCGAGCGAUUAAAAGUAAUAAAAUUAAUCUUCAAGAUUCGUCUGUAGUUCGUUCUGCUAUUGGUAAAGUUUUAUAUUCACAAGGAAAAUAUGAAGAAGCAUACGAUUUUUAUCAACAAGCGUUGACAAUUCAAAAACAAUUUUACCCUUCAGAUCACGCACAUAUUGCUAAUAGUUUAAAUGAUAUUGGUCUUGUUUUCGGCAGAAGAUUACAAUAUGAUCAAGCUCUUGAUUUUCUUCAACAAGCAUUAGAAAUUCGAGAAAAAUAUUAUGAACAUUUUCAUGUUGAUAUUGCUAUUAGUUUGGAUAAUAUUUCUGAUAUAUUAAUUGAUCAAAGAAAAUAUGAUCAAGCAUUGGAGUAUCAAAAACGUGCAAUGUCCAUCUGUAAGGAAUACUAUCCAUCAAAUCAUACAUAUAUAGCUUUUUUACUUUUUCGUAAUGGUAGUAUUCUGUAUCACCAAGAAAUCUUUGAAGAAUCUCUAAAUCUCAGUCAACAAGUGUUAACAAUAAUGAAAAAUUUGCGUUCGUCAGGUCAUCUCGAUGUCGCUUGCACUUUGACACAUAUCGCACAUAUUAGAUAUGGACAAGGAAUGUAUGAGGAAUCUUUACAAUUAUAUCAACAAGUAUUAGCAUUAUUAAUCCAACUUUAUUCAUCUGAUCAUUUAGACAUUGUUUGUGCUUCAAAUAGUAUUGGUCAAAUAAUAUUAAAUGGAAAAAAAAAUUCUGAACAAGCACUAGAAUUUUUUCAAGAGUCUCUAACUAUGUUAGAGAGAUCUUAUCCAUCCUACCAUGCACAUAUCGCUAACAAUCUCAACUUGAUUGGAAAUGCUUUAAAGAAACAAAUGAAAUUUGAGCAAGCCUUGCAGAUAUAUAAUCGAGCAUUAAAAAUGCAAGAAGAUUAUUAUUCACUUGAACAUAUUGAUAUUGCUCGUACUCUCAAUCAUAUAGGAAAUAUUUUUAAUAGUCAAAAUAAAUUCGAUGAAUCUCUUCGUUCUUAUCAUCGAGCAUUAAAAAUUCGAGAAACAUUAGAUUCAUUAAAUUAUCAAGCGAUUUCCACGAUUCUCUUUAAUGUUGCUGAUGUUUUCUAUAAACAAAGAAACUACGAUCAUGCAUUUGAUUUCCAACAACGAUCAUUGAAUAUGCGACAAACGUAUUAUCCUUCUGAUUAUCUGAAAAUCAUCGAUAAUUUUACGGCUAUGGGAAAUAUACGAUAUAGUCAAAGAAGAUACGAGGAAUCCAUUAAUUUCCAUCAAAAAGCAUUGACUAUCUAUGAGAAAUAUUACUCGUGGUGUCAUUCAGAUAUUGCUUCAUGUCUGACUGAUAUUGGCAAUUGUUUAAUUGAUUUUCAAAAAUGUGAUCAAGCAGAUGAUUAUCAACAACAUGCAUUAAAUAUUCGAAAAACUAUUUAUUCACUGUUCGACGUUAGAAUUGCAGAAAGCCUUCAAUCUAUGGGUCAUACUCGAUAUGGUCAGAAAAUGUUUGAUGAAUCUUUGGAUUUCUAUCAGCAAGCAUUACAAAUCUAUGAAGAAAAUCAUGCAUCGAAUUUUGAAAAUGUUGCUCUUUCUUGUGAAUAUGUUGGUGCUUCUCUUAUCCAACUAGAAAAAUAUCAAGGAGGUUUAAAUUACCUAUUUCGAGCAUUGCAAAUUUUUGAAGAAAAUCCUUCGUCUAAUUGUGAAAAUCUUACCGUAUGUUUAUGUGCUAUUGGCAAUGUAUUACUUGAACAAGGAGAUCCUAACUAA